AUGGAUGAUUGGCUCACUGUUUUGCUAGGAGCAACGGCCGCUGCGGCACCAAAGGAAGGUGAAGACAAGCAAUUCAACGGCAGUUGCUUAGUUGCGAAAGCCUCGUCCAAGGAGGAGGUGCUAGAGGAACUUCGCAAGGACAUCUAUGCUCAGGAAGGUGUCUGGAACGUAGAGAAGGUAUGGUAUAGUAUUGAUAUGCUGUGGCUCUUGUUUAAUGAAGAGGAUAAACGCUGA